AUGACUGUGGCCCAAGAUUCAGCCCGGACAAGGACAUUCCCCCCAGCCGGGCAAGAUCAUCCUCUCAACGGCGCGCGAAUAUCGGUCUCGCCAGCUCUGGGCCUCCACUCGCCUGAGAGUCAAAGCCGGGCAGGUGGCAAGGGGCCGAAACUGCCGUCGUACCAGGCCCAGGCCCAGGCCGAAAGGCUGUGUGAGCAGGCUGAGAAGGAGCUUGAAGAACAUGCAGGACAGAAGCAGUGA